CUUCUUCCUCCUCCUCUUCGCAUUCCAUCAGUGUUUUGUUUCAGGUGAAAUCGACAAAGAGAGAGAGCGAGAAAAAAAAUGAGCGGAGCAGGCAAGAAAAUCGCGGAUGUGGCGUUCAAAGCGUCGAGGACGAUAGAUUGGGAAGGGAUGGCGAAGGUCCUCGUCACCGAUGAGGCUCGAAGAGAGUUCUCUAACCUCCGUCGCGCUUUCGACGAGGUCAACACGCAGCUCCAGACUAAGUUCAGUCAGGAGCCAGAACCUAUUGAUUGGGAUUUCUACAGAAAGGGAAUUGGAUCUGGCAUUGUUGACAUGUACAAGGAAGCUUAUGACAGCAUUGAGAUUCCUAAGUACGUGGACAAUGUUACCCCUGAGUACAAGCCAAAGUUUGAUGCUUUGUUGGUGGAACUGAAAGAAGCAGAACAGAAGUCGCUCAAGGAGUCUGAACGACUAGAGAAAGAAAUUGUUGAUGUCCAGGAGAUAAGCAAAAAGCUCAGCACCAUGACUGCAGAUGAGUACUUUGAGAAGCAUCCAGAACUCAAAAAGAAGUUUGAUGAUGAAAUCCGUAACGACUACUGGGGAUACUGA